AUGCCGCCCGUGGCCACGGCGUCCGCCCGCCCGACCGCGCCCGCAGAGUGCAGCGGAGACGUCCCCCCCCCCCCCGACCGGCACGAGCAGCCCGAGGCCGACCUGGCGGCACCGCUGCCGCCGCCGGCAGCCUCCCGGUGCGGCAGGGUCGUGGAGCGGUACGCAGAUCUCGUCGCAGACUACCCAGGGAUGGUUUGCUGCGUUGUGUUAGUGGUCGUCUGCCUUUUCAUCAUGUUGUGUGGUGCCGUCGCUUCCAUGGAGGAUGAAUUUAUCGUCAUCGAUUUUUCCCUCGACUCCAUGCAGGCCCGUGGGGACGAGAUUUCCGACAGGGAUGAAGCCUUGUCGGCCGCAUGGUGUGGCGGACCGUGCGACGACGACGACCAUAGACUCAGACGCCGCUUAGACGACCGAGGACUCAGCAGCCAUUGCGGCGGACGAUGA